AUGUUUGUUUCUAGCCCUGUUUCCCCCCCCCCCCCCCCCCCCCCCCCNGAGCCAAAGAAGAAAUCAAGAAUCUGGCUCGGCACUUUCUCCACGGCGGAGAUGGCGGCGCGUGCUCACGACGUUGCUGCUUUAGCCAUCAAAGGCGGUUCUGCCCAUCUCAACUUCCCGGAGCUCGCUUACCAACUACCUAGACCAGCUAGUGCUGACCCUAAAGACAUCCAAGCCGCAGCCGCAGCAGCUGCAGCCGCGGUAGCCAUUGACAUGGAAGUAGAGACGUCUUCACCGUCGCCGUCUCCCACUGUCACCGAAACGUCAUCUCCGGGUAUGACUGCGAUAUCUGACGACGCGUUCUCCGAUCUUCCUGAUCUCUUGCUCGACGUGAACCACAAAAUCGACGGCUUCUGGGAAUCGUUUCCCGACGACGAAGAACCCUUCCUCUCUCAAAGUUACUAGGAAACUCAAAAACGGUGUCGUUUCAUUGUAUGUAUUUUUGUCGUGUGAAAAAAUUUUGACGUUGAAAAAAUCACCCCGGAUAAUCCAAAUUGUAUUGACAAAGAAAAAGGGAAAAAAAAAAUCCAAAAUUGUAUGAUUGAUUAAUCGUUUUAAGAUAUUCUCAAAGUGUGAAAAUGUGUGAUAUAAGUAAAAAACGUUACUAUUU